AUGGAUGAUGAAACGGUAGAGCUGGAAGCAGGAUGCAGUGCAACCAUCCAAAAAUCCAUUCCAGAAAAAUCACAAGAUCCUAGUAGUUUCACAAUUCCUGUGACUAUUGGGAGAAUAUUAGUGGGCAGAGCACUUCUUGAUUUAGGUGCAAGAAUCAACCUCAUGCCCUUAUCGAUGAUCAAACACAUUGGAGAAGUUGAAAUUAGACUCACAAGGAUGGCUUUGCAACUAGCUGAUAGAACUAUCAAGCAGCCUUAUGGUAUUAUUGAAGAUGUGUUGGUGAAAGUUGACAAAUUUCUCUUUCUAGUCGACUUCGGGGCGAUGGACAUCGAUGAAGACAAUGAAGAUCCAUUAAUUCUUGGCAGACCUUUCAUGAAGAAUUCCAAAGUAAUGAUUGAUGUUGACGAUGGAAAACUAAUUCAAUCCUACCCCAUUAACAUUCCCUUUUCAGAAACAUUAGAGCAAAUGCCAACAUAUGCCAAAUUCAUGAAAUAA